UCACGUGGUGGAGGGGGAGUGAGUGGACGAGUCCAUUCCUGGAUCUCUUGAGGGGGUGGCUCGUACGCACCUGGCUAGGAUGGGACGCACCCAUUUUCUUCAGACGUAGGGGAGAGAAAAGGAGGAUGGCAAAAUGUGAAAAUUAGAGGCUCAGCUGUAAGGCGACACUUUAAGACAGUGCCGGGACUUCAGUGAGCCUCUGUGCUCAUGGCCCUCCCCUGCUCAAAACCACCAGUUUUUGUGACAUAAUAGCUAAACUAUAUGUCUUAGCAUUACAGACAUCACUGACCCUGCAGAGAGGGUAGUAGAAGAUAUAGAAAGAUAAGGGAAAUUAGAGAUGCUGCAAGGGCCAAGUCUAGCCCGGCGCCCCUCCCGCGCAGCUCACCUUACAGAUCUGUGGCCUCCGCUCCCCUCCCUAAACCUAUGGCUGACCGACUUCAGUUGGGUGUGUCUGGGCUCUGAAACCUAUAUCUAUAGCCAAGGUCGCCUAAAGUCGCUGCCCCCCAUCUCCUGCCCCAAAUUAAUCUCAGACCUCAAGUCUUACCAGAUCUCCUUGUUCAGGGGGACCAGGUGGCGGGGUUCCACCCCCUAAAAAUCCUGAGCAUGUUUCUGUAGCUCCACUCCCAAAUGAGACCUUCAUAGUUAUUCAUAGUUAUUCUAGGAAGGUUGAUGCUGAGAUACAAAGAUGCAUUUUAUUUUAUUAUCUUUAUGUUUUGCCUCAAUUCACUUGCCUGGAACAGGGCCUGACUCAGAGUACCAAGUACUAUCUGUGGCUGUUCACAAGUACUUGCUGAAUGAGUAUUAAAUGAAUGGGUCUGAUUCUGACCUUCUUCUAGCCAUGUUGGAGGAGGCAGACUCCAGACACACAACUGAGGGAAGGAUCAAGGUUGUGAUUAAGAAAUGUAUAGGGGACCUUUGUGGGAGAAGAAAGAGAUGGACUCUGAGGGUGAAGGAUUUCUUAGAAGUAGUAACUAAGGCUUUUGGCUUUGUAAGAUUGUGAAGGUUGGACAAACAAUAUUACCAGGGAUAAACCCUGUUGACUGCGUGGGGGCUGGCUGUAUAUACAGGCUGCUACGGCCCUUCUCCCCGCUUGGCUUCGCCGCCCCUUGCUGCUCUACAGAGAAAGUCCGCCAACAGAUGCCUAAACCAACCAGCAUUGAGGAAGGGGGCGGGCCUAGUGGACCUAGGCCAAUUGGUAGACAGAAGGUGGAUAGAAGGGCACCAUGGAUCCCGGGGAGCCAGCCCCCAAGCCUUUCCAGCAGCCUGAGAAGCCUGGUCGUGUCCGCCGUCGGAAGACCAGGCGGGAGCGUAACGAGGCCCUGGUGGGCAGUCGGCGGCCAUUGGCCUAUCAGCAUCCUCCUAUGGCCGGUCGGGAUCCACAUACGGUAUUGCGGAAUUCUGUGGCCCCUACUGCUGCCAAGCUCGUGGUCAUAACCCAGGGCCGCCUGAGCCGGGACCACCGGGGUCUCUUCAACCAUGAGGUGAAAUCUCUGGAUGUGGCCCGGCUGCUUAGCAGUGGGUCUCUGGAGUCAGGCACCCCUGCACUCACCACCAAGUCCUCCCCAAGCCCAGGCAGGGGCCAAAAACCAUCCCUACAGUCAAGGGGCAAGGAAAACCAGGUGCCUGGAGGCUCGGGCCCAGGCCCCCCCAGCCCCCCACCACUCCCUGACUUGGAGCAGCUGCUGGGAGAGCUGCAAUGCCGGCUGAUUCUGCCACAAGCCUUCCCUAGAAGGAACCUAGUUCAAGAGGCCAGGGAUGCUAUCGUGGGCACUUUACAGGCCUGCCAUGGCCGUGUGCCAGACCUUACCCUGGUGCUCCGGGGCUGCCAGCCACACCUGCCAGGGACCGAGCCUGGGGCCCCUAAGAAACAAAGAAUGACACCUUCCUGCAUCAACAGUCCUGAGCAGGCCCCAGAGGAGGGGAGGCAGAGGAGACGGCAAGGGACAAAGGAGCUCACCUUUGCCGUGCCUCCUACCUCCAGCACUCCUGCUGCGCACCGAGUGAGCCUGGCACCACCGAAAGGUCCCUGGCCACCCCCAUUAUCCUCAUUGCCUUCGCCAUCUGGGGCAGCCUGGGGCCCCCCAACAGCCUUUGAUCUACUGAAAAGCAUCUGGCUGGUAGCCACACCUCCCCCUCCCCGGCCUUGGGGGGGUGGCCCACCACAACUCCUGCCCCAGCCACCGUCCCCCUUGUUGCCCCGAAGUUCUGCCUUGGACUGGAGCCCCAGCCCCCCAGCCCCACUGCCCAGCCUCUCCUGGGUGGUGGCUCAGAGCAGCCCAGAGGCCUGGUCCUUUCCACCCAUGAGACUGUACUGAGCAGGCUGAGGCUAGGUUGGGGGCAGGAAUCUCCAACUCUGAUCACCUCAAUAAAGUGUCUUCUUCACAGUC